GAUCUUAUUGCAACAACAUGAAUGAAAUAGAGGGCAAAACAUCCAGUAGAGCGCAGCGAGCGCUCACCGGAUAAUUCCGCAUCGCUUGCUUUUAUCUCCACUGAUGGAUACAAUAGAACAAAGGCGAGUCCGGGAAGCACAACAUGACAUGCGGCCAACUGAUAAGUGUUAGAACGCGCUCCGGCUAACAAGACGACAAGCCCAACGUGCGGCAGCUCAGAGUAAGCGAGCGGCAGGAGGGCAGGGCCGCUUUCUAUUGUGUCCUGGCAAUACGGGCCCGGUGGGCGUGAGCUGUUGCCAUGUGCUCUGCGCAACACAGGAGGGAUCAUCGCAGAAGCUGAGCAAGCAGCUAACAAACGCGCACAGUCCAGGGCGGACGACAUCCAGAAAGGGAGACGUAUCGGGACAUGCGCGCCUUUUUACUCAAACUAAACAUCCGAGGAGAAGAAAAGAAUGCAAAGUUGUGAGCAGGCAACCAGGAGGAGGAUAAACAAAGGGGUAGUGUGUCCGCGUCACUUGCAGGUAACCAGGUAGGGAGCAUUAUCUGGAUCUCAGGGGGAUCGACAAAUAAGAGCUCAUGUAGGAGAGAACCGGCCAUCCCACUCUUAAUAAUUGCAACCCUGACCCAAACCUGGGACAUAUGAAGUUGGUCUACUUUAUUUUCUAUUUUAUCAUUAUUUUCUGCUGAAUGGACGACUAGUUGCCGUAUUUAUGAGGAACAACAGCUGAACUGCUUCCGAGUGAACGGGAGCCCAAAGAAUGUAGAAGCAUUAUGCUAUCGGGAUGACAAGAAGGUCUGCCAUGUGCCAGCUUGGCUGGUCCAAAUGCAGCUUCCUGCUGUGCCUCGCGAUGAGCGCCGCAGUCUUUCUGGUGAUUCACUUGACAAAAAUGACGCCCAGCGAGCCCUCCACCCCAACGCCAUCGUGCCGCCCCUUCUCCGCCCAGUGUCGAGCCUUUCUUCCCGUCGAACGAACAGAAUGGCAUCGGCGUGACUGUCAGAUCGAAAGCUACGUUAGCGACAGCAAGCUUCAGUGCUCCGAUUUGAUGCGAGAGCUUCACUUCAUCACGAGACCUCUGAGCCAGGAGGAGGAGGAGUACUCGUUGGCCUUCAUCCUAACUGUUCACAAAGAACUGGAGCUUUUAGUCCGGCUACUGCGGGCCAUUUAUGCGCCACAGAAUGUCUACUGCAUCCACGUGGAUGCCAAGGCUCCGCAAGAGUACCGGGCAGCCGUGCAGAAUCUGGCAGGCUGUUUUGAAAACGUCUUCUUGUCCAACCGCAGCGAGACGAUUACCUAUGGCGGCUUCUCGCGCCUGAAGGCGGACUUGAACUGCAUGACCGAUUUGGUCGCGUCCAAAGUCGACUGGAAGAAAGUGAUCAACCUGUGCGGGCAGGAUUUCCCGCUCUGGAGCAACUUGGAGCUGGUGCGCAACUUGCAGAGCAAAGAGUGGCGGGACAAGAACAUGACGCCGGGGAUUAAGCAGCCGGCACAUAUCAGAAUACGGACAAAGUUCCGAUACGAGGAGAUUGUUGGUUCGCACGUAGCUCUAAUUGGAGCGGGAGCCGAGAAAGACGCGCCUCCUCACAACCUUGAAAUAUAUUUCGGAACAGCCUACUACGCGCUCACGCGAGCUUUCGUCAACUUUGUUCUCGAGAGCCCCGAAGCUCGAGACCUCCUCGAGUGGUCCAGAGACACAUACAGUCCGGAUGAGCACUACUGGGUGACGCUCAACCACAUCAAAGAGGCACCAGGCAACAACAUACGUGGUCGCUGGGAAGGAAGCGUCCGUGCUAUCAAGUGGGCGGAGCAUGAAGGAACGUUGCACGACGGCUGCCACGGCCGUUACGUGCGCUCCAUCUGCAUCUACGGGAUGAAGGACCUACCCUGGCUCAUCCGGAGCAACGCGAUGUUCGCAAACAAGUUUGAGAGCCAGUUUUUGCCCGAGGCCCUCGACUGCCUGGAGCAGUGGCACAGGAACAAGGUGCUGGGCAACGCCAGGGUUCCCAUAGAGUUGUCAUGGCUGCUGGCCACGCAGUGAAAGUGCCACGACGAGGACGUGUCACCCAGGGGGGGUGACAAACAAGAACUAAAGGGAUGAAGUGACGAUUGCUUUGCGCAAUGUUUAUCAGCCAGCGUUCUGUUCGAUUGUUUUAUUAAACCCAUUUUUAAAAUUGCACGUCAUCCCUGAAAAAAAUUGCAUUCACCUUGUGGCAGAUUUCCGUCUUGACUUCCUUGAGGGCGCGGUCAGAGAAGACGCAACCGCACGUUUGCAGGUAACAGAACCUGAGAACACAAACGUGGGCGACAUGAAAAAGCAUGUACACGUACUGCGCGUUUAGGUAGCUCUCACGUGGGUAGACAUUUCACAUGAUAGAAAAACCCGAACCAAAGUCAGAAUUCACGUGUCUGUAUUUUUUUCCACUUUGCGUUGCCAUGAUGCAUAUCCCAACUGUGCGAUUGAUGGGAAUUGUGUCACUUGAACCGCACAACUUCAUCCGACUUGAGUUAGCGUUUGUUACCUGUGUUUGCCGUUCAUCUCUAGCCCAACAACGGGGCAAAUAAACAUUCCACAAUGGACGUCCUCG